GUAAAACGUGUCCUCACAUUCUAUUUGAUAUUGCUGGAGUAUAGUUGCACACCAACGCUCCAUUCUAAGUGAAUAAAGUAAUUCAAAAUAUUGCAGUGCAACAAAGCAAAAGUGUUUUAUUUAAUUAAUUUUGAUUAUUGUUAAUUGUUCACUUUGAACUUUAUUUCACUUUAUUCACACCGAUCUGUGUUGGAUUUAAUUGAAUUUGUUUCAUUGGAUUUAAAAUGAUUUCAUCCCCACGGAUCAAUGGUUACGCGCACUACAAUAUUUUUCGAAAUAAAGAGAUGCCAUACAACGAGUCAAAAUAUUUUACCCCAACAAAACCACAAGCAGAGUGGAUGAGAACAUUGUACUCAACGCCGCCAUUACCUGCAACACCGCCUCCAAGCCCGGCUUGUUGGCAGUCACCAAAAUGUCAGACUCAGCUCCAAUACUCGCCAGUAUCGUCACUAAGUAUGAGUUACUGUCAAUCUCAGUGCCUGCAGCGUCAAAACACACCAGUGAUGCCAUCGAGCCCAGGUUAUCAUGCGGGACAGUAUAAUCAGGCCCAAAAAAUUCAAAUGUCUCCGUCAAGUACAGGUUAUUAUGCCGGAGAAUAUAAUAGCUUAGCGUCACUGAAUUCCAAUUAUCAGCAUUACGGAUUAUGGGAUCAGUACCAAAAUUCUAUGGUCCAAUCGCCAAGUCCAGUCUACCAGCAUAAUUCACCGUGUCUUCAACAGCAAAGUGCUCUGAGAUCGUCACCAAAUUCAAAUGAUCAAAACACUUUACACUCUUCUUACGAUCACCAGUAUGCAGGUACUCAAAGUCCUGGAAUGACUUCGAGUUAUUGGAGCGCUCACCAAAAUCUUUACCAGUGCCAAAACCCCGCGCCACCAGCAAACACAGGUUGCGAGUACGCUCAUCAAUACCCUCUACAAUUUCAAAGUAGUCCAAAAAUACCUGUAGAUUCACCUGCACAGCAUGAACCUCCAGUUAAUACGCUAAUUACUCCAGUAAGCUCCGUUCAAGACUUGGAUAAAAUAAUCCUGGAUUUUGAAAUGGGUUAUUCGUCUCCCCGGAAGAAGGAUAAUGUCUCACCUGUUGGGGCUGGUAAAUUUGUCAAGAAAAUGGUUGCUGCAUUAGAGCACAAGUAUUCUGCACAAACAUCUAAGAGUUUUCCUGAAUUUAAAUCCCGCCAUAACAGUUCCAAGGAUUCAAAGAACUCUUCAACUCAAAAAUCGUUCAACGAAACAUUUAUCUCAGGAAAGAGUGGUGAAAAAACAAUUUCUUCCAUCAAAAACCACCAGCAGAAGCCGAUAAACCGCUGUCUGGACGAUACAUUUAUUCUCGAAGACAAUGACAAUCUCGACAUGGAAUUAAAAACUGGAGUACAACCUCGAUUCAAGCCUGACCCUGACCCAAAUCCUGAAUUAGAGUCAAAACCUGAACCACAACCUCAACCUCAACAGAAAAUCCAAAUUCAGGACAGCAUACCAAUUUACAUGGACACCGAAAUAGUUCUGCGAAGAAAAAGAGCCUCAGAGCCUCCAGCAAGAUCAGAUUCAUUCAACCAAAUGCCCAGCGCUCCAAAAAUAGUUGCCGCUAAAUUAAAAACUCCAAUUGAAUUUGACGACGAUACUGAGAUAGAGUGGAUCCCAGUAACAAAUCAGAAGCUACCGCGUAAGAAUUCAUUCAAGAAACUUCUUACUUUGUUGACUGGAAAGAAGAAUCCAAUGAAGGGAAGUAAAUUUUUCUGCAACCUGAACAAGAGCAACGCCGAAACUAAAUCAUCACAACGGGACUCGGGAUACGUUGAAAAAUCAUCAUCGUCAUCUUCUUCACUUUCUUCUCAAGGCUCGACUAAAGUUCCAAAGCAACACUCGAAUUUAUCGAGCUUCCAGCAACCCUCGGAAGAUCAUAUCCAGAAAUGGUUCGGGCUUCCAUCAGAGGAAAAUAACAUGAUAGUGGAUGAUAAAUUGUUUGAUAAAAAUAAAAUACUAUUUAAAGAACUAGAUAGAGAUGAAGUGCGAGUAUCACUGGGUCCAUUGUUCCCCGCCCGGGCCAAGAAUAUUUUCACAGACAUCAAGAGAAAAUUGAAGGAAAACAACAUGAGAUCUGUCACAUCAAACCCACCAAAAGCCUCCAAAAAAUCAAAGGACUUAAUUAACAGCUCGACAUCUUCUAUUACUUCUUCAGCAACUUUCAAAACUCCGCUCAUUUCUUCAAAAUAUUUCAAAUCACCGUCAAGCUCUCCAAAGUCAAAAUCUCGACAAAACAGCCUGGUAAAACAGGACCUGGACGAUUCUUAUAAAUCAUUUGACGAGGGGAUUUCUCCUCCUGAACUUGAACUUCCAUCACCCAUCUGGGAGUUUCUGUCCAGCAACAACAGCAACUCUACCUACAAUCUAAAGAAUGAUUGGUCUCAAUCCGAGCCUCAAAUUUUCUCUGUUAUGCAGAGUGAAGCUCACCGAUCCUCGAUGCCUGAUUAUGAUUAUAAUAAUAUGAUCUACGACGUUCCCAGGUCUAACGAGCCAGGAAGACCCAAGUCUAGUAUUUACGAAGAAGCGUUGUCUGUAAAGAGACGCACCGAGAGCUUUGAUUCAAGUUCAAUCACAGCGACUGAUAACUAUUUUGUCCAACAAAAUUCGGAAGAAGCGAGUAUUAAUUUAUUAAGACCUAAAGUUUUAUUGAGUCAACAGAUUCUCAGUUCGAUGGCGCAAGACGAAGCGAGUCAACUCCGCGCGCCUUAUUUGGUUAAUAGUCUUAAAAAUAGUCGAUAGGAUAAUUCGAUUUUUUUAUUUUAACCCUAGACUGGUCAAC